UGUCAUAUAACAUGCGUGGUUUUGUGAUGGUUGAUAUGAGAUAUUUUAAAAAUUAAAGCUAUUAUAUGUUAACACUGAACUAUGACGGCAGAUAGUAAUCAAAGCGAUAACGCUAGCGCAGCAUCGGACGAAGAAGUGGAAACAGAAGAACAACCAGUUGAGGAUCAAAAUGAAGAAAAUGAAGAAGAAACAGUCACGUUCAAAGACUUGGGUGUAGUCGACGUGUUAUGUGAAGCAUGCGCUGAACUAAAAUGGAAGAAUCCGUCAAAGAUUCAAAAGGAAUCCAUCCCAGUUGCCUUACAGGGCAAAGACAUAAUUGGGUUAGCGGAGACAGGAUCUGGCAAGACUGGCGCAUUCGCUCUUCCCAUCCUUCAGGCGCUUUUGGAGAACCCGCAAAGAUAUUUUGCACUUAUAUUGACACCUACACGCGAGUUAGCAUUCCAGAUUUCAGAACAGUUUGAAGCAUUAGGUGCUAGCAUAGGAGUUAAAUGUGCUGUGAUAGUUGGGGGCAUGGAUAUGGUUGCACAAGCAUUGACACUGUCGAAAAAACCUCACAUCAUUAUCGCUACUCCUGGCAGACUUGUUGACCAUCUUGAAAACACAAAAGGAUUCAAUUUAAAAGCUUUGAAGUAUCUUGUUAUGGAUGAAGCAGACCGCAUCCUGAACAUGGAUUUUGAAGUUGAAGUGGACAAGAUACUUCGCGUAAUCCCGCGCGAGCGACGCACUUACCUCUUCUCUGCCACAAUGACUAAAAAAGUACAGAAAUUACAGAGAGCUUCACUGCAGGACCCUGUCAAAGUUGAAGUGUCAACAAAGUACCAAACAGUUGAAAAACUACAGCAGUACUAUAUCUUUAUACCUGUAAAGUAUAAGGAUGUAUACCUGGUGCACAUCCUCAACGAGAUGUCCGGCAAGUCCAUGAUAGUGUUCGUGUCGACGUGCGCGGGCGCGUUGCGAGCGGCGCUGUUGCUGCGCGCGCUGGGCGUGUCUGCGGUGCCGCUGCACGGACAGAUGUCGCAGCACAAGCGCCUCGCCGCACUCAACAAGUUCAAAAGCAAAAACCGCUCUGUGCUCAUAUGUACUGAUGUAGCCUCGAGAGGUCUGGACAUCCCGCAUGUAGAUGUGGUGAUUAACCUGGACAUACCAUUGCACAGUAAAGAUUACAUUCACCGAGUGGGCCGUACAGCGAGAGCUGGUCGUUCUGGGAAAGCUAUCACUUUUGUUACCCAGUAUGAUGUGGAACUGUAUCAACGCAUUGAACAGCUCAUAGGAAAGCAGCUGCCAAUUUACAAGACAGAAGAGAGUGAAGUUAUGGUACUCCAGGAACGUGUUGCAGAAGCCCAACGUCUCACUAAGAUUGAAAUGAAAGAAUUGGAGGACAAGAAGGGAGGGAAGCGCGGGAAGCGCGGCGUCGACUCCGACGACGACACGGAGGAGGCGGCGGGCGUGCGGCGCCGCAUCAAGGGCAAGCCGGCCGCCCGGCACGGCGGCAAGAGGAAGAAACGAUGAAUAUAUCACUACAUUCAA